GGGCUCCUGUCAGGGCCCAGAUGGCCGGCGUGAUCCGGCGGCUGGAUGAAGCUGUGGUGAACCGCAUCGCGGCCGGCGAGGGCAGCCAGAGACCGGCGAACGCCAUCAAGGAGAUGAUAGAGAACUGUUUGGAUGCUAAAUCUACCAGUAUCCAGGUAGUAGUGAAAGAAGGUGGUCUGAAGCUCAUCCAGGUCCAAGAUAACGGCUGCGGUAUCAGAAAAGAAGAUCUGGAUAUUGUAUGCGAGAGAUUUACUACGAGUAAACUGCAAAAAUUUGAAGACUUGGCUAGUAUUUCUACAUAUGGUUUUAGGGGCGAGGCGUUGGCUAGCAUCAGUCAUGUUGCCCACGUUACGGUAACAACUAAAACAGCUGAUGCAAAGUGUGCGUACAGAGCUACUUACAGUGAUGGAAAAAUUAAAGCCCCUCCGAAACCAUGUGCUGGAAACCAAGGAACUCAGAUCACCGUUGAAGAUCUUUUUUACAAUGUAAAUACAAGGAGGAAAGCUUUAAAAAAUCCAAAUGAAGAAUAUGCAAAAAUACUAGAAGUUGUUGGCAGGUAUGCCAUCCAUAACUCGGGAAUCAGCUUUUCAGCUAAAAAGCAAGGUGAUACCGUGUCAGAUGUUAGAACCUUAUCAAAUGCCUCAACGGUGGACAACAUUAGGUCCAUCUUUGGAAAUGCUGUUAGCAGGGAACUGAUAGAAGUGGGUUGUGAAGAUGCAAGUCUGGCCUUUAAAAUGAAAGGCUACAUCACGAAUGCAAACUACUCUGUGAAGAAAUGUAUAUUUUUACUCUUCAUAAACCAUCGAUUGGUAGAGUCAGCCGCUUUGCGGAAAGCCAUAGAAACUGUGUAUGCUGCAUAUUUGCCAAAAAGUACACAUCCAUUCCUAUACUUAAGCCUGGAAAUAGCCCCCCAGAAUGUAGAUGUGAAUGUGCACCCUACAAAACAUGAGGUCCAUUUCCUUCAUGAAGAUAGUAUUCUAGAGCGUGUGCAACAACAUGUAGAGAGCAAAUUAUUGGGCUCUAAUUCUUCAAGGAUGUACUUCACUCAGACGUUGCUUCCAGGCGCCGACUGUUCUUCCAGUGAGGUUGUAAAAGCAUCAGCAAACUCUUCUGCAGCUACCAAAGGAACCAGUGAUAAAGUUUACGCGCAUCAGAUGGUCCGCACUGAUUCCCGAGAGCAGAAACUGGAUGCUUUUCUUCAGCCGGUGAACAACCCCCUAAGUACAGGCCCCACUGAAGUGACGACAGAGGUUAAGGCAGGACCUCCGGAGGGUGCGGUCAGGCCACCGGAUGCUGAAAUGGAAGAUGUCGGUGAUCUAGUUGAAAUGGCUGAUGUUCAGGAGGACACGGUGAUGCCUGGGGGGGCGAGUGAGAGUGGACAUUUGUCGCCUGAGACCGUGCCUCCUCGAAAGAGACCACGGGAAGACGCGGACAUAGAAAUGGAGAAAGACGACACCAGAAGGGACAUGACUGCUGCCUGCACCCCUAGGAGAAGAAUUAUCAACUUGACCAGUGUAUUGACUCUCCAGGAGGAAAUCAGUAACCAGGCACACGCAAAUCUUCAGGAGAUGCUACACGAUCACUCAUUUGUUGGCUGUGUCAGUCCUCAGUGGGCUCUGGCCCAAUAUCAGACAAAACUGUAUCUUCUCAAUACAACAAAACUCAGCCAAGAACUCUUCUACCAGAUACUUAUUUAUGACUUUGCAAACUUUGGAGUCUUAAGGUUGUCUGAGCCAGCUCCUUUAUAUGAGCUUUCGAUGCUUGCUUUGGAGGAUCCUGAAAGUGGCUGGACAGAAGAAGACGGCCCAAAGGAAGGCCUUGCUGAGUACAUUGUGGAGUUUCUGCAAAAGAAGACUGAGAUGUUGAAAGAUUAUUUUUCUCUUGAAAUUGAUGAGGAAGGAAACCUUAUUGGGUUACCACUUCUGAUAGACAACUAUGUUCCGCCGCUGGAAGGACUGCCUAUGUUUAUCCUUCGCUUGGCCACAGAGGUAAACUGGGAUGAAGAAAAGGAGUGUUUUGAAAGCCUAAGCAAAGAAUUAGCUAUGUUCUAUUCCAUUAGAAAGCAAUAUAUAAUAGAUGAAGCCAACGUGACAAACUCUCAGAAUGAAGAUGCUGACUCUGCUUCAACAACAUGGAAAUGGACUGUGGAACAUGUACUCUACAAAGCAUUUAGGACUCAUCUUUUACCUCCUAAACACUUUGCAGAAGAUGGCAACAUUUUGCAGCUUGCUAACCUGCCUGACCUAUAUAAAGUUUUUGAGAGAUGUUGAGCAAGUAUUUUUUUAUAGACU